UCAAUCUUUAGAAACUGAAAAGGACGAUUUCGGGCUGAGGAGGAAGUCAACAGCAAGAAGCUUCCCGUAUGCAUCCAUCCAAAUUCACGGAUUUCGCACCAAUUCACUGACGAUCGCGGCUGUCGGACGGAAGAAAAUCCAUCCAAGUUCGAUUCUUGAUCGCGCCCGACAAGGAACAGCUCACCCUCUCCCCCAAAUUUUCAGCUCUUUGAUCGUCUUCUCCAUCGAAGAUCAGAGCCCAGCGACCUCGAGGACCCUCCGCCGAUUCCGCACAGAACCCCGAUGUCUCUUCUGAACCAGCUGUUCAACAGAGGCGUCUUCGGCGCAAAAUGCAAGACAAGCUUGACAUUGGCGAUCUCGCGGAUCAAGUUGCUGCAGAACAAGAGAGACUUGCAGCUCAAGCUCAUGCGCAAAGAAAUAGCCCAAUUUUUGCAGGCUGGGCAAGAACCAAUUGCUCGCAUCCGGGUGGAGCAUGUUAUACGGGAACAAAAUAUGAUGGCUGCAUAUGCCAUAUUGGAGCUGUUCUGUGAGUUUGUAAAUGCUCGCAUCCCUAUAAUUGAAAGUCAGAGAGAGUGUCCAACUGAUUUGCGUGAAGCCAUUGCAAGCAUCAUUUUUGCGGCUCCAAGAUGUUCAGAUGUGCCGGAUUUGCUGCAGAUCAAGAAUCUGUUCACUACUAAGUAUGGGAAGGAGUUUGUCUUAGCAGCUGCUGAACUUCGUCCUGAAUCCGGAGUCAAUCGUGAAUUAAUUGAAAAGCUCAGUGUUUGUGCUCCUCCAGUCAAGAUAAGACUCAAAGUCUUAAAGGACAUUGCCCAAGAACAUAAUUUGGAAUGGGAUUCAUCUAAUACAGAAGCAGAGUUGACUAAAAAGCAUGAAGAUCUCCUGGCGGGAUCUAAGCAAAUUAACAAUGGAGCAGUGCUGGCACAAGCCCCCACAAAGCACGUCUCAUUCCAGUUACCACCUUCUAAUGGGACCCAUGAUAUCACUCCUGCAGAGAGUAACAAAGAACAUGCACGCCUUGAAGUUCCUGUCACCAAUCAUAAGACAUCCUCGCACAUCACAAAUGAGAUCGAAACAUCUCAGAAGAGUCAAGAUGCUGGAAUGCUGACCGAUUUGAAGAUUGAGACAAGGCCACAAUCAUCUGAAAUUCUGGAAAGAGCUCGAGCUGCCAUUGCUUCUGCGGAGCGCGCAACUGCCGCUGCACGUGCAGCCGCUGAGUUGGCGAAAAUCCAGUACGGGAUGCAGAAGAGUUAGGACGGGAGGUCUUCCUAGCAUCCGAAUGUGAUGAGGUUGAACGCAUUGCCUGCACAUGAUUGAAAGAAGUGAGACAGAUAUAUUUAGAAGCCAUUUUUUUAUGUGAAGACGUCCUAGUGAGUGCACGAUGCUGAUCGUCUCCAAAAGGGCUAAGCGGUUGAGAAAGUAAAUGUAUUUUCUUCUCCUUGAAAAACUGAUAAAUGUGUCAAAGCGACUAUAAAGAAUUCUGGAAGCAAAAGUUUUGUGCCCGAGGCCGAUUUCAGGAACGGUCAUCUGUUUGUAAAUUCUUUGAGUGUGCUCUUUGGCACCAAUCUUGUGAUAUGGUCGGUGUGAAGCUUAAGAUAAACAGGAGCAUUGAUACUUGUCAAGGUACAAGUUCAGUGUGCAGAAGCUUCAUGUAUAGGGGGCGAAUUUAUGCAGUUCAUAAUGAGUUGAAAUCUUAAAUGACCUAAGAUCAUUUAGUGUA